CUGUCUAACGUGUCACUUUCUGUAGUGGAUUUGAGAUUAGGGUUUCAAGACUAAUAAGUUUAUUUAAUUGAAAAAUUACCCCAUUCUAAUAUUUUUCAUAAACUUCUUAUAUUAUACUUUCAAAUAACAACAACUUAAGAAUUAUAUUUCUGCAAAUUACUUUAUACUUUCAUGAUUUUUGUCGUGUCAGUGAUGUGCAUUUAAUUGAACCACAAAAAAUUAGCAAUAUGAUGGAUGGCAAUGAUUUAACUUCAGAAACAUCACGGAAAGGUUUAUUUUCCCAAGCAUGGACACGUAUAUCACAGAUGUACCAAGGGACAUUGGAUAAGUGGACCCCACAUACUAAAGCUAGAUGGGCAGGGAGUAUUGUACUCCUGCUGUUAUUUAUGUUAAGAAUAUUCACCAAACAAGGUUGGUAUAUUGUUACAUAUGCUCUUGGCAUAUAUCAUCUGAACUUAUUCAUUGCAUUCCUUACACCAAAAAUUGAUCCUGCCAUGGAUUUUGAUGGUGAUGAUGAUAAUGGACCGGCCUUGCCAACUCGAUCAACUGAAGAGUUUCGACCAUUCAUAAGAAGACUUCCAGAAUUUAAAUUCUGGCUUUCUGUGACUAAGAGCACACUAGUUGCUAUUUGUUGCACCUUCAUUGAUGCUUUUAAUAUUCCUGUGUUUUGGCCAAUACUUGUUAUGUACUUUAUAACUCUAUUUUGUAUUACAAUGAAGAGACAAAUCAAACAUAUGAUCAAAUACCGAUAUCUACCGUUUACUCACAGCAAACCCAAGUACAAAACUAUCGACUCUUCAGUUACUAUAAACUGACGGCAUACACACCCAUGCCAUCGGAGCGCCGGAGGUUCUUCGCAUAAUAUGCGAGGGCCAGCCGCACAUCGAGUACUAUCCCAUGUCAAUGCAUGAUUAUGAUAAGCAUGAUCUGAUGGUGCACCCAGGAUCGGCUCCCGAUGGGAGAACUCUUCACCGGUUUACGGAUCGGUCAUAAUUGUUUGUCACGUAUUGAAUGCAAGAUGAUUCUUCCACUACAGUACAAAAUGACGUUACAGACAGCGCAAUUUGUCGAGAUAAAUGUUAAUGAUUUGGAAUCAAUAGUUAAAAAUGUGUAAAGCGAUGAUCACUGAUUUUCGAGACAAAAGGCGUCCCGCAAGGGGUCAUAGCGGGACGGCCCCAAAAUUAACCCAGAUGCGGGAGGUCCCGGAAAAUCCGAGACGGAUGACAAGCCUAGGUGUGAUACAUGACUGAGAAAAAAAAUAAUUAAUGAAGACACGAUAAAGAAAUGUCACUUAAAUUCAUCCAGAUUUGCCAUUUUUUUUGUUCUGAUAUUAGUAUUAUUAGAAAUUCUAUUUGACUCUCCAAAAUUGUGACAUCACAGGAUAUUAUGGCGUAACCUUAUGAUUUUUUUAUCUGUUUUAUUGUAAACCCUUAUCAAAGAUUUUUUCGUCAAUAUAUGAAGUAGGUAUCGUAUAGGGUUUGAUUCCCUUGUGAAAUCACAAAAUAUAAUGCGAAAUAAGUGUUAAUAUAUUUUGGUCUACAAAAUAUACAAAAUAUUUAUGAUUUUUUAAAA